GAGUAUAUGGAAGACCCAGCUGCUAAGGGGAGAGGGUUGUUGGUUGCCGCCUUCCUCUGCUAAGCUGAUUUACUUGUUUAAGGUCUGACCUCAUCAUCCUGUCAGUACGGUCCCCCACCUCCACAGUUAGAAGCAGCACAGCAUCAUCGCAGAGUGGAAACAGGCACACAGCUCUAGGAGCACUGCUUGUUCCUUUAGGCUUCUCUGUGUGCUGUGCAUGUGUGUUAGCUGAGCUCUGAGAGAAGCUGAGAGCGAGAGGCAGAAGAAUUGUGUUCGAGAGCAGCAUAGGCAAAAGAGCAGAGACUGUUCUUUUCCCAACAGCACAGAGAGAGAGGAGAAACAGGAAAAGAGAGAGAGGCUCUUUGCCUUCUUUUUAUUUUUUGGACUCCUUUUUUAUUGCCUUCAGAAAAAAAAAACAUGUCAGUGUCGGGGAAGAAAGAGUUUGAUGUGAAACAGAUCCUCAGACUGCGCUGGAGGUGGUUUAGUCAUUCCUCACAGAGUUCGGCAAACAGUGGGAGCUACAUCCAGCAGGAGGGGUUUGAGCACCGGGGCACACCAGUUCAGAACAGGUUAAAGAGUCAUUCUCGGGACAGAAGCGGGCUUCGAAAGACUGGAAGCCCAGUGCACAGCAUUCUGGCACCAACUCCAGGACCCAUACCAGUCUACGCCAGACCUCCUAAUCAGUCAUGGCACCAGCAGAACAUCAUCGAGCACUUGCAGGUGAACGAUGAACUGCCCAAAAUCGGUUCGCCAGAAAAUUACAGGAAAGAAGAUGGAAAACUUGGGAAAGAGGAUGUAAAGGCAACCUCUGAGGAUCCUUCAGAAGAGGAGGCGAGAGAAAGAUUAUCACUAAGCAACUACUCCAGGAUGAACUCCAACUGCUCUGAUGAAUUUUUCCAGGCUAUGAAUCAUGCUGAGCAAACAUUCCGCAAGAUGGAGAACUACCUUCAACAUAAGCAGCUGUGUGAUGUUCUCUUGAUUGCAGGGAACCACAAGAUACCAGCCCAUAGACUUGUUCUGAGUGCAGUGUCCGAUUACUUUGCUGCCAUGUUCACCAAUGAUGUUCGAGAAGCUAAACAGGAGGAGAUUAAGAUGGAAGGUGUGGAUCCUGAUGCUCUGAAAUCUUUGGUUCAUUACGCAUACACUGGUGUUCUGGAGCUAAAAGAAGAGACAAUUGAAAGUCUCCUGGCUGCUGCCUGCCUUCUUCAGCUUUCUCAAGUGAUUGAAGUGUGCUGCAACUUUCUCAUGAAACAACUACACCCCUCCAACUGUUUAGGAAUCCGGUCAUUUGCUGAUGCACAGGGGUGCAUGGACCUCCUAAAUGUUGCUCACAGUUACACAAUGGAACACUUUCUAGAGGUUAUACAAAACCAGGAGUUCCUCCUGCUACCAAGUGCUGAAAUUGUGAAGCUCCUGGCCAGUGAUGACAUUAAUGUACCAGAUGAAGAAACAAUAUUCCAGGCUCUAAUGAUGUGGGUAAGACAUGAUGUACAAAGCCGACAGCAGGACCUUGGACUUCUGCUGUCUUACAUCCGGCUACCACUUCUCCCUCCACAGCUUCUAGCUGACUUGGAAAACAAUAAGAUGUUUGCUGAUGAUCUGGAGUGCCAGAAGCUGCUUAUGGAGGCUAUGAAAUACCACCUGUUACCUGAACGGAGACCAAUGCUACAAAGUCCAAGGACGAAGCCUCGGAAGUCCACAGUAGGAGCACUAUAUGCAGUGGGGGGCAUGGAUGCCACUAAAGGUGCUACAACAAUUGAAAAAUAUGACCUACGUACUAACACUUGGAUCCAAGUUGGUACCAUGAAUGGAAGGCGGCUGCAGUUUGGGGUGUCAGUAAUUGAUAAUAAGCUCUAUGUUGUUGGUGGCAGAGAUGGAUUAAAGACAUCUAACAUGGUGGAGUGUUACAACCCAAUAACAAAAGUAUGGACCACAAUGCCACCAAUGUCAACUCACAGACAUGGAUUAGGACUUGCUGUUCUUGAAGGACCAAUGUAUGCUGUUGGAGGACAUGAUGGAUGGAGUUAUCUAAAUACGGUUGAAAGGUGGGAUCCCCAGGCACGACAAUGGAAUUAUGUUGCAAGCAUGUCGACUCCAAGAAGUACUGUAGGAGUCAGUGCGCUAAAUGGCAAGCUAUUUGCUGUUGGGGGGCGUGAUGGCAGUUCUUGUUUGAGGUCAAUGGAAUGUUUUGACCCUCACACCAACAAGUGGAGCAUGUGUGCACCCAUGACUAAGCGAAGAGGAGGGGUCGGCGUAGCAACUUACAAUGGUUUCUUGUAUGCAGUUGGAGGUCACGAUGCUCCUGCUUCAAAUCACUGCUCUCGGCUUUCGGACUGCGUGGAAAGGUAUGAUCCUAAAACAGAUGCGUGGACUACUGUGGCACCGUUAAGUGUCCCAAGAGAUGCUGUGGGUGUAUGCCUAUUGGGGGACCGUCUGUAUGCAGUUGGUGGAUACGAUGGACAAACCUAUUUGAACACUGUAGAGUCCUAUGAUGCACAAAAUAAUGAAUGGAAUGAGGAGGUGCCUCUUAAGAUUGGAAGGGCUGGUGCAUGCAUUGUUGUUGUCAAGCUGCCUUGAGAAAUGGAGAUUUCUGAAGCAGAAGAUUCUUUACGUGAUGUGAAGUACCAACACCACUGAUGCCAUGACCAAGUACAAAUUACAGCAUUCUGUGCAUCUCAAGUAGUCUGAUACCUAACUGAGCCACUGUCAAGGGGAUUAUUUUGAUUACAUUCUACCAUAGAAAACCCAGCUUCUCAGAGCCCUGGAAACCUGACUUAAUCAAUUUGGUUCUUAGUUUAGAUGAAUACCUCAUAACCUUUCUCAAAGCCAGAAUGCCAAGCUUGUACAUUCAAAAUGUAUUUUGUUUGGGGAUGAAUUUUUUAAAACAUUGUAUUAAACAAAUAUUAAACAACUUGAAACAAGUAUUUUUCACCUGGCAACAAAAAAUACAACAGACACAGCCUUCAAGAAAUUCAUAUGAAUUAAGCUUAUUUUCAAAUGUAGUAUAUUUUUUAAAUGUGUGGCUAGUAGAACUGGUCUCUGAUUUAACUAAAUAAUUAUCAUAAUUUUUUUUUUAAUUCAGGAAACAAACAUAGCACCUGCAGAUAGUAAGUGGGGUUCAUAGUGCUCUGAAGGGUCAGUUGUGGUGUGUAAUGUUUUGAGGAGUUAUCCUGUCCUGUAGGAUUUUAGUUGGCUCCUGGUACAGCAUCUCUAUGUGAAGACAUAUAGGCUGACCGAAGAUAGCUUACAUGCACUUUAUGUUCAUUCUUAUUUAUGAGGUAAUGGCAUACCUGUGAUGCCCUAUUUCUUUUUCUUCAUUUCUGUGGUAUUAUUGCUCUCUUUGGAAAGAUAACCAAUGGCAUAAUGUACAGAACCUCCUCCAGGUGUAUUUUCAUGGUUUAUUCAUGAACUGUUCCAUUGUGGGCUAUGACUUGUAGCUGAUUGCCCACAAUGACCCCAAACCACAAAGAGCCAGGGCAACACUACUGUAUAUUUACAAACAUAACAGAAUAACAAAACAUUCUGGGUGCAUCACAAACAUACACAAUAGAAAGUAGCAUUUUAAGCUAUUUCUACAGUACCAGUACUUUAAAUGUAAUUCAGAAGCUUCAUCACAUUGCUCCUACAGGCCUCAUUCACUGAAUACAAAAUUCAAAUAUAAAGUCAUACAGUAUAUAUCAUAUUCAUAUAUAUGCAGUAUAGGUUACCUCACAAUUCCCAUACUUGACAGUUUGCUCACUUUAGAAAUUUGAGAAAUGGUAUCACAUCUUAUUUCUAAGGAAAGAUCAAGAUCAAGCUGGUCUAAAACUAAAUUGCCUAGGUGAGACAAUGAAGCAAUUAACAUUUUUGUAAAGAUAUGAUUACACCUUUAUUUUUUUAUUAAAAAUUAUUAAAAUAUCAUUUUGAGGAUCUGCAUAGAUUCAUAGACACAAAUUUACAGUACAUAUAUUUACAUAUUAUAUGGUGACGUGCAAAAUUAUUAAUUUCCCUUGCAAUUGUUAUCCCAAUUAGUUGAAUAAAUAAUGAUUUAUAUAUAGUUAAUACUACAGUAUGUCUAUUCACAAAAUACUCAAUUUAGCAAAUACACAUUAGUAUAUAAAAACAAUUAAAAGUCAGCUUAAACUGCAAAGAAAAAUCAAAAAUUAAAAUGUAAUUGACUCACUGUAAAUAUAAAUACUUUGCUAAAUGAAACACUUAGUUGUGUGGAUUCUGUCUAUGUGCAAUGAUAGUGGUCCACAUGAUUUCAGAAUAAAGACACUUGUCUCUACACUUGUAAAGUCCGUCAGUCACGUAGUGAACAUCAGGGAAAGAUUCAACCAAGACUACAAAACUUUCUAAACAACUCAAUGAUAAAGUUGUAGAACUGCACAGAUCUGGAGAAGGAGCAUGGUGAGCACAUCAUAAAGAUCACCCAGCCACUGCCUAGAUCAGGACAUACCUCCAAAACAAACAAACAGGCAAUGAGGACAGUGGUUAUGUUGUUAGUUGUUACUGCAAUGACAACAGUGACUUUUAAAGAGCUUCUGUGUUCUGUUGUUGAGAUGGGAGAAAAUAAGUCAGCAAUAUUCCAAUACUAAAAACAAGUUCCCGAAUUUGCAUAUAGUUUGCAAUGAAAAAAUUUCGUGUUGAAGUAAAGGUAUUUACAAAGCACAGCACAUCACCCAUUUCUUACUCUCAGCCACCCCAAUGUGAAAAAUUGGCAGAGAAGUAUCCAAAAUGACUUUUUUGCUGUUUUAAUGACAUUUGACUUUAACUUAAUUCACAAACAAAAGUGUUUAUAUUGAGCAUUCAAGUAUUGAUUAAAAAAAAUAAAGUUUACAAAUGUGUACACAUCAUUAGUUACUGAACAAUAUAGGGCACUGCUGGAAGGGUGUUAAUACUUUUAAAAGGCACUGUAUUGAAGCAUUUUAACCAUAUAGUGGUACAUUAUUCUGUAAAGGAAAAUGCAGUGCUUUAUUAUGCAGAGGAAAAAAUACAGAUAUACAGGAUUUUGGUCACUUUUGUUACUUUAUUGCCAUUUUGAGUUUCUGUCACUUAAUUUUGAAGUAUUAUAAUUAAUUAAUACAAAAAGUCCUAAAACAGUUAUUAAAUAAAUUAGUUCCUGUUUUAUUUUUUCAUUGUGUGGAGGUUUACAUAAUGUUUUCUCUUGCCUUUUUUAUGCUUUUCUGCUUCUCAACAUGUUCUUAUAAUACUUAAGUUUCACAAAAUAAUAUAACAAUAAAUUAAGAAGAAAAUAUUAAUAGCAGCCAUAUUAAGGACAUAUUAAUAGCAGCCAUUUAGUGCUAUAUCUUGACUAGCAUAUGUAUAACAUGUUUAAAAACUAUUCCAGAAUGAUAUUCUCAAAAGCUGAUCUGGAAUCUUAAGACAACUGCGGAAACUAAGACUUAGGCAAUUAAGUUUUGCGAUUUGUGAUUGGGCAAUUGCAAGACUCUUGAUGUGUAAUAAGAAUUAACAGAAUUAUCUCAAAUGGGAAAUGGAGGUACACUAGGCUGUCUUAAAUAUGUCAACUGUACCAAAGAGUUACUGAAGAGUGGUGUUUGUAUGUGAAGGGAGAAAGGCUGUAGAAUUUGAGGAGGGACCUAUAUUCUUCUCUGCAGUAUAUUUAGAAUUGAAAUAAUUUUAACAAAAGGUUAUUAGGUUUUCCUUUUUCUUCUAACUACAUAUGAAGUUUACAGUAAUUAGCUGCACUGAAAUGUGUUAAAUGGGUUUUUAUUACUGAACAACACAAUUUCAAUAAACACUGUGAAUAUUUGUAUGAGCUUACCACAGACAUAAUGGUAAUGGGAUUCUUGUAUAACAGAGUAUUACUUGAUUUCACUUUUAACAAUGUAACAAAACCAUAACAAGAAGAAGUUCAUGUGCAAACUACUUUUGAAAACAGUUUCUUUUUUUGAAAGAAAGUUACUUAUAUGACAUAACAGAAAACCUUUUAAAAUAGACAAA